AUGGUAUGGUCGCGGAUCGUCAGGUUCGUUGACGGAUCUGGAAAGACGACGUUCGGGGAGCCAUGCAUUGAGCAAAGCGACGACCUCAUCCCCUUACUGAGCAAGAGAGAACUGUUUGCGAUCAAGUUGUUAGGCGAUGACCCUUACUCGUUAGAGCGGACCAAUGAAACGGCAAGGGUCGAGCGCCUCGUUAGUGUCCUGCAGGAGAAGGAUAUUGCUGUCUUCAAGUGCAUCGGUCUCAACUAUGUCAAGCACAUCACGGAGACCGGUCGCAAGCCUCCGCCCUUUCCCUCGAUGUUCAUGAAGCCCGCUCCCGCGGUGGCCGGCUUCAAUGACUACAUACGGGUGCCUCCGAUCGCACAGGAUAAAAAUCUGGACUAUGAGGGCGAACUUUCUGUCGUCAUCGGGAAGACGGGCAAGAACAUCUCCAAGGACGAAGCCAUCUCAUACGUCGCCGGAUAUGUUUCCUCCAACGACGUGUCGGCCAGGACAUGGCAACGCGAUCCAGAAUUCGCCGGUGGAAUUCCCCAGUGGUCAUUUGCCAAGUCGUUUGACACCUUUGCCCCUCUUGGUCCGAUGUUGGUAUCUCCAGCUGUGGUAGGCGCGGCGGAUCAGCUGACGCUAGAAACUCUCGUGAAUGGCGAAGUGCGUCAGUAUACAAACACUAGUGAUCUACAGUUUGAUGUUGCUGCCAUUAUUAGCUUCUUAAGCCAAGGUUCAACUCUGCAGAAAGGCACUGUAAUCAUGACCGGAACCCCUGGUGGUGUGGCGUUGGGUAUGGCGGAGCCGAAGUGGUUGCGGAACGGGGACGUUGUCGAAGUGAGGAUUGAGCAUCUAGGUAGCUGUGUGAAUAAGAUCGUUUACGAGUAA